UCGUUCAUUUUGGGUAGUUAGUAUGUUAAUGAAUAAGGUCAAAGUGCGAAUUAAAAAUGGCAUCAACAAUAACAAUUCCUCGUCGAAUCCCUUUGCUUUUAAUUACUGACAAUGUUCUCUUGCCUGGAUCAUCAAUGCGAAUACCAGUGAGAAGUCUGAAAAAUAUGAACAUGGUCAAAAGUAGAUUACUUGGUCGCAACACAUUAAGCAGUACAAUUAUUGGAGUUGUACCUAAGAGCAAUGGAUCAGAUGAAGUGGACGAAGACCUCUCCAGUAUACAUCCAAUUGGCACAGCAGCUGUAGUAGUACAGAUAACAGGAACCAACUGGCCAAGGCCAGCUUAUACUUUGCUUGUCACUGGUCUCUGUAGGUUUCGCUUGGAAUCCCUUCUUCAGGAAACUCCUUACCCUGUGGCCAGUGUCAAACAGUUGGAUAAGUUAUCUGAAGAUGACAAUGAAGAGGUCCAGGCCAAUGAAGAGUUGGGCUCAUUGGCUGAGAACUUUAGGGAACAUGCUGCUAAAUUAGUUGACAUGCUGGACACAUCCAUUCCUGUUGUGGCUAAAUUAAAGAAAAUGUUAGACUCUGUGCCUAGUCAACAUCUGCCAGAUAUUUGCUCGACAAUUGUGAAGGCCUCCUUUUCUGAAAAAAUACAAGUUCUUGAUGCUAUUGACUUGGCAGAGAGAUUUAAAAAGGCACUGCCAUUGUUAAUGCGACAAAUUGAGGGCUUGAAGCUACUAAAAAAGGCUAGGAAAGAGGGUAAAGUUGAAAUUGUAACCAGAAAAGAAAUCAGUCGCCCACUCAAUGUACGUGGAGUUUUCCGGAAACUGGAUGCAGAUCUGGAUGAUGAAGACAGGGAUGAAGAUAUUGAUGACAACAACGAUUUAGAAGCAAAGAUAAAAGCUGCCAAUAUGCCAGAGCAAGCUCAUAAGUCGGCCAUUAAGGAACUGAGGAGAUUGAAGAAGAUGCCACCACACAUGCCAGAGCAUGCUAUGAUCAGGAAUUACCUGGAACUUAUGACAGAAUUACCUUGGUCAAGAGGAACUAAAGAUACAUUAGACAUAGCUCAGGCCAAGAGAGACCUUGAUGCUGAUCACUAUGGAUUAGAAAAACUAAAGAAAAGGGUCCUUGAGUAUUUAGCUGUCCGUCAACUCAAAAAUUCUCUAAAGGGGCCCAUUCUGUGUUUUGUGGGACCUCCAGGUGUUGGAAAAACUAGUGUUGGACGAUCUCUAGCAAACACAAUGGGUCGGGAAUUUCAUAGAAUCGCUUUAGGUGGUGUAUGUGACCAAUCAGACAUUCGUGGACAUCGGAGGACGUACAUUGGGUCAAUGCCUGGUAGAAUCAUUCAAGGCCUGCGUACAGCCAACACAAAUAACCCUGUGUUUUUACUUGAUGAAAUCGAUAAAUUAACAAAAAGUCUGCACGGGGAUCCUGCUGCUGCUCUGCUGGAAGUUUUGGACCCUGAACAAAAUCACAAUUUUGUGGAUCACUAUUUGAAUGUGCCGUUUGAUUUGUCCCAAGUGCUCUUCAUAGCAACAGCCAACAAUAUGGCCAACAUUCCACCAGCACUGCUUGAUAGGAUGGAGGUCAUACAGGUACCUGGCUAUACCUUGGAAGAAAAAGUACAUAUUGCCAGAAGGCACUUGUUGCCCAAACAGCUGAAAGAACAUGGAUUGACUAAUGAUCAGCUGCAGAUUCCUGACGACACUCUAGGAAUAAUUAUAUCCAGCUACACCAGGGAGGCAGGUGUGAGGACAUUGGAGCGCAGGAUUGCCGCCAUCUGUAGAGCUGUGGCUGUCAGAGUGCUAGAGGCUAGGAACAACCAGGGGGUGGAGACUUUGAAAGGUGGGGAGAAGGCCAAAGACAAGGAAGAGCUGAAGGAUGUGUCAGCUAUUGUACAUCCCCCUGAGAUUCCCAUUGUCAUAGAUGAGCUGGCUGCUGAGGACAUUUUAGGGCCGGUUAUCUUCCACCAAGAAAUGUCAGAGCGCUUGUCCCAGCCUGGGGUAGCCGUUGGGCUGGCCUGGACGUCUAUGGGGGGUGAGAUCAUGUUUGUUGAGGCCACCAGGAUGGCAGGGGAGGGGAAAAUCACAAUGACGGGACAGUUGGGGGACGUUAUGAAGGAAUCGGCCUCGCUGGCUCUCAACUGGGUUAGGGCCAAUUCUAAAAAGCUACAGCUGGACAGCAAGAAAGAUCUUCUCCAAAACACGGACGUCCACAUUCACUUCCCUGCUGGAGCUGUGGGCAAAGAUGGGCCCUCGGCUGGCGUAACCAUAGCAACUGUGCUUACUUCCCUGUUCAGUGAAAGAUGUGUACGCUCUGACACAGCAAUGACAGGGGAGAUCACUCUCAGAGGAUUGGUGCUACCUGUCGGGGGAAUUAAAGAGAAGGUUCUGGCAGCCCACAGAGCAGGGAUAAUGCGAGUCAUACUCCCCCACAGGAACAGGAAAGAUCUUUAUGAGAUACCUGACAACAUUAAGAGAGAGAUGACUUACAUCUUUGUUAACACUCUGGAGGAUGUGCUAAAUGCAGCUUUUGAGGAUGGAUUUCCUGGCAUUGAUAAAACAGCUGUGAUAUCCAAGCUAUGAGAGUUGCGCCUAGGCUUCCGUCACACUUAACCAAAUUGUCCAUAUGCCAUAUCAGAGAUAUUGAAGUUUACCAGAAACGGUAGUCGCUAUAACAGAAUGGUAGGCGCCAUACCAGAAAUUGAUUGUAACUUUACUCCAUUUCUAUUGGUGCUAACCUGAGUAACCCUUACAGCCCUGCGCGUGUUGUUUUCUCCUUUCAUUAUGGUCAGGGGUAUAGAAUUCAACAUUUCAAUUCUGUUCCCAUUGCCCAAUCAUGUGCAUUUCUAUUGAGUGUGGAUAAUGUUUACAAACACAAAACAAAGUAUUUGAACUUUCACUAAUGAGUGGUUAUUUUAAAGAGGAAAAAUUUUUAAUAAAAAAAUUGACAGAUUUUGAAUAGUUUUUUGUGUAGAUUGACAGCACAUUUUUAUCUUGACAACCUGCCCUAGUCAUGAGGGCUGAGACAGGUUGAUGUAACAUUUUAGGAGAAAUUUUCAUAAAAAUCAUCACUUUAAUUAGAUAUAGCAAUCUCUGAUAAUUACUU